AUGAGUAAAGGUGUUAAAGAUCUCGUUGAAAAACUUAUUAAAGAAAAUCCAAUCAUGAUUUUUAGCAAAUCAUAUUGUCCAUAUUGUAAAAGGGCAAAGGGUGUACUUGAAAGUCUAAACAAAAAUUAUGAAGCUAUCGAAUUAGAUACUGAAUCUGAAGGUUCUGACAUUCAAAAAUAUCUCAAAGAGAAAACAAAACAAAAUACCGUACCAAACAUUUUCAUUGGAGGUCAACACGUUGGAGGUUGUGAUGACCUUUUAGCAGCCAAAGAGAAUGGAUCACUUAAUAAAAUGAUCGCGGCUCUUUAA